GUCGCCCUUAAACACCACAACAACAUCAUGUUUUCGCUGCUGACGAAGCGUGAAAAUGCCCACUCUGAGGGCAUCUGGGCAUGCGCCUGGGGCCACUUUGUCCCCGACGAAAAGAACAAGGAAGCGGCGAACGUCGAUAAGGAGAACGAGGGAGAAGACAAGGAGAACCAAGAACGACGCGACGACAACGAUCAGAACUUACCAGAGACGGAACAGAGGUACAUCGUCACCGGGGGACUGGAUGACCUAGUCCGGGUGUGGCGGUGGUCGGGGGAUGGCGUCGAGGGCGAACUGACACCCCUACACACCCUCGAGGGUCACUCACUGGGCGUUAUAUCGGUCGACGUUAAUGCUGCCGGGACCAUAGCAGCCUCUUCCUCUCUUGACUCGACCAUUCGAUUGUGGGAUCUCCACACUGGUGAGCAGCUGCACAUGAUUGACUGUGGCCCUGUUGAAGCCUGGUCGGUGGUAUUUUCUCCUGAGGGUAGUCUCAUAGCUUCAGGAAAUCAUGCCGGGAAGAUCAAUGUCUAUUCAGUGGAUGGUGGACGUCACGUGACAACUUUAGACACAAGAGGACGAUUUACCUACUCAAUUGCAUAUAGUCGAGAUGGGAAAUACAUCGCCAGCGGAGCAAUUGACGGCUUCAUCAACGUUUUUGAUGUGGAGAGUGGCAAGUUGGUGCAUACCCUAGAGGGACACGCCAUGACGAUUCGCUCCAUCACCUUCUCUCCUGACUCGCAGCUCCUUCUCACAGCCGCCGAUGACGGUCACAUGAAAAUGUACGACAUCAAGAGCAGCAACCUGGCGUGUACACUGUCCGGCCACGGCUCCUGGGUGUUGAGUGUGGACUUUGCUCCCGACCAGCAACAUUUCACGUCCUCGUCUUCCGACCACACCGUCAAAGUGUGGGAUUUCGCUCAGCGAAAUUGCGUCCACACCUUCAAGGAUCACCACGACCAGGUGUGGUGUGCCAAGUAUAGCCAGGACAGCAGUAAGAUUGUGAGCGUGUCAGAAGACAAGAGUGUUAUUGUGUUCAACUCUCCUGUUUAAUUAUUAUCGAAGUGAAGUGGUAAACCCAAGUGGGUGAGCACAGGACAUGGUGGAGGUCAAAUUUCUCAUCUGCUAAGCGCAUGGCAGAUAUGCUUCCUGUGCCACUUCAGGAAGUAGCAGAAAUAAUUCUUUGCGGAUGGCGGAUUCAGUUGCUCAUCCACUAAACACAAGACAGAGAUCUCAAUUCCUCAUCAACUAAGUGCAUGGCAGAGAUCCAGUUCCUCAUCCACUAAGUGCAUGACAGAGAUCCAAUUCCUCAUCCACUAAGUGCUUGACAGACACGCUUGCUACGCCUGAAAAUGCACUCAGUAAGUUGUGUCAAUUUAUCCCAUAAACUAGUUAAUUUACCAGUCAUGAAUUCAAUAUUGCUUAAUAUUAUAUGAAAGACAAACUGCAAAGUGUGUUAAUGAGUGUAAUACCUGCACAGUACUGUCUCACUUAAAACAAGUGUCAGAAGCCUUAUUAACUGUACCAUUACUGGAUGUAUGUGCUUGGUAGAAUUAAAACGUGUGUUUAUAUCUACUGAUGUGGUAAAUAAUGUAGUGAGGUCUUUAUUGGACGGUAAACUUGAUGUAAUGGACCAGUAGGGGAGAUUAUCCGAGUCUUCGUUAAAUUAGUCGAGUCCCUGUUAAAUUAGAACGUCGAAAAUAUAGCAGAAAGCAGUAAAGUACUCUUCUCAGUACGUAAUAUGGCACUGUACAUGCAAUGUACUGCGAUCAAAUUAAAACUAGAGGAAUUAAACCACGGUUAAACCCAUGGUGAGUGGCUUAUGAAGUGACUUGGAAUUUUACGACUCGCCAUGGGUUCAAAUCCCACCUGUUCUGUGGCUUAUUUGCAAUCGUGUUAUUACGAUUUAGUGAAGGAAUUCAGAGUGCAGUUUACUUGGAUUUUGUCAGUUAUUUCAACGGUCCCUUAUAUCGAGGUUGUACUGUAUAUUUCAGCCAUGAGUGGACUUCAUGCAAGUCAAGAUAUCACAGUUUUAUUUACUACUCGUGGCAGUCCAACUUUUCUCACUAUUUAUCAAAGUGUUUAAGAAUAUUUUCUUGUGUAAAGAGAAUUUACAAAAUUCUAAAUUUAGUCUUUAUUGAGAUUUAAUAUACAGAAAACCAUUGGUUUAGUGGAUUUCAAUUUAUUGGACUGGAAAUACAGCGGACGCUCCACUGGAAGAAUUGAUUGGGUAUCAACAGACAAUGUGCGUUAAUUGAAGAAUUCAGCAUUUAUGUUAUUGUGGAAAAAUACCGUCAUCUCCAUACACCAGAGUUGCUAUUACCACCCACCCACGACCCCAUACAGCGGCUUCUUGAUUUACAAACACAUUGAGAAUCAUCUGAAUCAUGUAUAAUUAUUAUAUUAAUAUGUAUAAUAUCAUUUUUAUAUAUUUAUUAUGCACAGUACAGGAGGUCCCCAAUGUGUUUGUAACUUGAGCAUUUAAUGUAUUAAAUCAAAGCUCAGCUGUAUUUUCCUAGUCUAAAUUAUUUGUUAUACAGUUUUUAGUGACAUAUAGAGUCCACUUUACUUUGUCAAGGUCCUAAUUUUUGAUACAAAGAGAAAUGAUAAUGCUGUAUUAUGUGUGUCAAGGGGUCCAGACAGUGCUUCUUUCAAGGGUUCUUCAUCUAAGUAAGCGGAGGUUUCCUCCCCUUCCCUGGAUCAAACCUGAUUACCUGUCAUUCCCCAGGUGUAUAGCCUCUACGGGUUUACUUCUUUCCAUGGAUCAUAAUAAUGUGUGCAGGAAACUUAUUAAAGUUGUUUUAAAUUCAUGAGGGAGCAUUAAACCCGUAUGGGUUAUAAGGUGUGUGGGGAGUAGUAGGUUAUCAGGUUUGAUCCAGGGUAGAUCCAAUUCCUUGGAUCAGAAGUGCUUUAAUGUUUUCAACAUUGUGCAAAGAUCUGCUAUUGUAUAGCAAGGUACUUUGAUACUGAAGGUCUCUUAAUCCAAGGAAUUUGAGCUAUCCUCUCCUUGAAUGGCUAAACAGGUAGUCUUCAACUUAAGCUAUUUCAGCUCUAUGACGGUGCGGCAGCAGCUAACUCUGGAGACGAAACUUAAGUAAAUCACCCAACAUGAAGGUGACAAGUCCCUAACUUGUAUUCAUUUAUUGACUUUUCAGUACUGGUAUUUAGUUACAGUAAUUUGUUUAUUGGCUUAUUCAGCGACAGUAAUUAUUUAUUAAGCAUACAUUCGCAUUCAACUUACGGUAUUUUUAACUUACAAUAUUUUCAACUUAUGAUAAUUUCAACUUACGAUGGAUUCGUCAGAACGUAACCCAGAGUAAAUUGAGGAUUACCUAUAUUAUUAUUAUUAGUCACGACCAAGUGGUAAACCCACAAGGGUCGUACAGCGCCGCUUCAGUAUCUAUGAUGUUCUUGAAAAACCUCGAUAUUUUCUGAUGGAAGGUUCUGCCAUUAAAAAUUAAGUCACAUUUAUUAAUAA